AUGACUGCACUAUGCAGAGAACAAACUAAUGGCUCCUACACCUCAUCUAGUGCACUUCCUGACCAAGUGUGUGUGUGUGUGCCCUUCCCCCACCAGAGCAGGAAGAGAAAGCGAAAGUCAGCAGCUCCAUUUUAUGUCGAGGGGAAAAUAAACCUUUUUAGGACUCAAACAAGAUUGACAAUCUCUCCUGCUGAACUGGAUCUGAACUGUAAUAAUCCAGGAGAAUCAGGAGUGAAGCUGCUCUCUGAUCUACUGAAGGAUCCACACUGUACACUGGAGACACUACAUCUGACAGAACUGAAUCUCAGUGGAAAUAACCUGCAGGAUUCAGGAGUGAAGCUGCUCUCUGCUGGACUGGAGAAUCCACACUGUACACUGGAGAAACUGAGGUGUCCAGAUGAAGAAGAGCUUCAGGAUUCUGAUGAACAACCCAGACACCAGAAAACCAACAAACAGCAUGAACAAAACCAGAAGUUGCAGCAGGAGAACAGAGAGCAGAAGCAUUCAGUCAUCACAGAGGUAUUCAUCCCUGAAUUAGUGAAACACGGUGAUGACGGCGGUGCAUACAGAUUUCGUUGCUCUCGUGCUGGUCAGUUUCACUGCAAAUUGACCAACCUUGGCUUUGAGAUGAAAGAGAAUGGGGAAGUGCUGUACACAGUCGUGUCCUGGGAUAACGGUCAGUUGCAGGGCCUGGGCCAAUUCCAGCCUGCAGGACCCCUGUACAACAUCAACUGCUCUGAAGGUUCAAUUCUUUAUCUGCAUUUCCCACACUGCGAGAUACAAACAGAUCACAAUCAGAUUGAACUGGCUGUGGCACAUUUCAUUGAGGGUAAUGUGGAGAUCAUUCAGCCCCUGGAAAUAACAAACACACACGUGAUCUUGGAAGUCCAAGGUCUCUCCUUGUUUGGCCUGAUUAUAAAAAGGAUCUUUGGGGGAAAACCCAUCAGUGCUCAAAUCCUUCUCUUCUACAAAGAAAUGAUUGGAAAGAAGGAAAGGAGGAGAAAACUGGAUAUUCACUUGUUGCCCGGAAAUGUGCCAGUUGAAGAGGUGCGGAAACAACACCAGUGCAGCACAUACAUUCCUUGCAGCUCCAUAUGUGAACUGACGCCUGGUAAAAAAUACAGACCACUCUGUGAACCUCAUAAAUCCCAGCCAAAGGUUAAGAAAUUUCUCUGUGACUAUGGACCCAACUAUCACAUCACAUUUGAGGUGAUCCUUAAGACGGAGGUUGAAGACCUCACAUUAGGUCUUUCAAAUGAAAUUGGUGAGGAGGUGUGGGAGCCUUGUCAGGUCUUUCUUCCAGUGAAUAGUCGAAAAGCAGCUCCAGUUGUAAUGGAUGAAGGUGUUGAAUUUGUAGAUAAAUACAGAGACACGCUCAUACAGAGAGUUGCAUCAGUACUGGAAAUAGCAGACGCUCUACUCGCCAAGAAAAUCAUCACCAGUGAAAUGUACAGUGUUCUCAUCGAGGCAACAACACCACAGGAGAAAAUGAGGAAAUUGUACAGAUUUCUCGACUCAGGAGGAAGAGCUGCCAAAGCAGAAUUCUAUAAAGUCCUGAAGGAGAAGGAGCUUCUUGUAGUGAAUGACCUGGAGUCAGGAUUCGAAUAAUGCAACACUGUCACGAUAAAAAUUAGUCCUUAAUGUGUCAGUUUUUUUAUACUCAAUGAUAUGAGCCGGGCGGCACAGUGGUGUAGUGGUUAGCGCUGUCGCCUCACAGCAAGAAGGUC